GCACCCUAAGGGAUGCCCAAGAAGUUCCAGGGAGAGAACACAAAGUCCUCCGCAGCCCGGGCAAGGAAGGCGGAGGCAAAAGCUGUAGCUGAAGCAAAGAAGCAGCAGGAGUUAGAGGAUGCAUACUGGAAAGAUGAUGAUAAACACGUUGCGCGCAAGGAACAAAGGAAGGAGGAGAAAGAGAAGCGACGUUUGGAGCAGCUGGAGAGAAAGAAAGAGCUGCAGCGCCUGUUGGAGGAAGAGGACAGCAAGUUAAAAGGGAGGGCUGUAAAACCUGUUGCUCCAGCAAAAGUUACACGGGCACAGAUUGAAGAAACACUGAAGAAAGAUCAUACACAGCAAGAAAAAGAUCAAGAGGUUGAGAAAACAAAGUCCCACCUUGAAGUUCCACUGGAGGAAAAUAUAAACAGAAUAGUCUUGGAGGAAGGAACUGUUGAAGCCAGAACCAUUGAAGAAGCUAUAGCUGUCCUGAGUACAAGUGAAGAUCUAGAUCGCCACCCUGAGAGAAGGAUGAAAGCUGCUUUUGCAGCUUUUGAGGAGGUGAACCUUCCCCGACUGAAGAAUGAAAACCCAAACAUGCGCCUCUCUCAACUGAAGCAGCUGCUCAAGAAAGAAUGGAUGAAAUCUCCAGAAAAUCCCAUGAAUCAGCGUCAUGUAGUAUAUAACAGCUCAAAAUAAGAGCACUGGAAUACUACUCUUUAAACAUUCUCACGCUGUAGUAUCAGGUUUACAGACAGAAGCCUCAUUGCAGCUUUUUAUUGUCUUUCCUCAUUAAUAAAAUGCUUUGAUGUAUGAAAGAAUAUUAACUAACUAAUCUUACGUGGCAGCUUUAAUGUAGGUGGAUUUAAAAAAAAAAAAAAAAAAAAGAUCUUUUGAGU